CCAGCUCUACCUGACUUCAUGCGACCAGUCAUGAAGCAUUGGCAGUUCAGCCCUAGGCUGGUUCCGAGCCGUUCGCCUCAUUUCAGGCUGCUUAGUAAUCUUCGAUAAGAUAGGAAACUUAGAGUCGAUCGCCUUGUCAACACACAGCUGUCCUUUUCUGGCAAUUUGAACCAGCGCUAUAACGUUAUCCACUGCUUCAGACCCAACAACACAGAGAGCAGCAUAGGCUCCCAGUUCCACGUUCAAUUACCAAUACAUCCAUGCACAUGAAGAGCGGGCGAUAAGUUCCUACUUUCACUGCUACAUUGCGGCACUAAUCCCAUCCUCGACAUUCUUCUUGCCCCAGCGGCCUGUUGUCCAUUCUCCAACCCAACUACCAAGUCCCACAACUCGCCCACAAUCCACCGCCGCGAUGUCAGACCUCGAAGCCUUCGAUUUCAUCCCCCUUCAAAUCGACUCCAAAUCCAAAGCCAUCAGCGCCGCCCCCAAUAUCCCGACCUCCAGAGCCCUCGAGAAUGAACUGGCCGCCCUCAAUGCCCUGCACCGCUCCCUGCACACCCUCGAGGCCCCGCACCUCGUGCCGCCGCCCCCCGUGCCUGUCAACCCGAAGCGCAGCGCCAACCUCAACAAGCUCCGCGAGAGCGGCAACGCAGAGUACCGCAAGCAGCGCUACGCGGAAGCUAUAAAGUUCUAUUCGCUCGGCCUGCAGAUGGCGCUGACGCGCCCGGCCUGGGAGCCGAGCCAGCUGGUGCGCGAGGAGGUCCACGCGCUGUACAGCAACCGCGCGCAGGCGCACAUGCAGCUCAGCAACUGGCCCGAGGCGGCGGUCGACGCCGAGGCCAGCGUCGAGGCCAAGAGGCAGGGGAACGCCAAGGCCUGGUUCAGGAGGGGCAGGUGUCUGGUCGAGAUGGGGAGGUUGGCGGAGGCUAGGGAGUGGGUUGCGCGCGGGUUGGAGUUUGAGGGGGAGGAGAAGGAGCUGAUUGAGCUGUUGAAGGAGAUUGACGGGAAGCUGGAAGAGGAGAAGGGGAGGAGGGAUGCGUGAAGCGUGCUUGGGCUGACAGGAGGCUGGAAUAUUAUCGGGAGGUAGCGGCCACAGACGAGAGCUGAUGUGAAGAGGGAACCGUGAAUUUUCAUUUAUCAUUGGCCGUUUUAUAUUCAGGCUAGGCGUUACGGAUCUUUACAGUUGGGAAUAUACGGCUGUUUGUCUACGCACACGGACGGUGGGCUUGUAGCUUGGAGCAGUAUGUGCAAGCGUGCCAUUUCAGCUUG